AUGGGAUGUAAUGGUAUCUGGAAGUGUAGUACUUUCUUCAAGAUUAGCAAACUAUGGAAUAGCUACCUGAUAGCCUUCAGAGUAGACAAAUGAACUUCCCCAAGAAGUAGAUGCCUUGGAGGACUGAAGCAGGAAGAAGUUAUGAUGGGGUUUUGCUAUGUUGUCUAGACUGGCCUCGAGCUCCUGGGCUCAAGUAAAACUCCUAUCUUAAGACUCCCAAGGAGCUGGGACUACAGAAGUCAUCACUCUAAUGUUUUUCUUAAGGAAGGAGUAUAAGUCCUCAAGAUGGGAAAUAACAACACAAACAGUACAAGAGCAAACUGCACUGAUCUUCAAAUGCCAUUUCAGUACUCCCUCUAUGCAACCACCUAUAUCCUGAUAUUCAUCCCUGGUCUUGUGGCCAACAGUGCAGCCUUGUGGGUCCUGUGCCGCUUCAUCAGCAAGAAAAAUAAAGCCAUCAUUUUUAUGAUCAACCUCUCUGUGGCUGACCUGGCUCAUGUGCUGUCCUUACCCCUCCGGAUUUACUAUUACAUCAACCACCACUGGCCUUUCCAGAGGGCGCUUUGUCUGUUGUGCUUCUACCUGAAGUAUCUCAACAUGUACGCCAGCAUUUUCUUCCUGACGUGCAUCAGCCUGCAGAGGUGCUUCUUUCUCCUCAAGCCAUUCAGGGCCAGAAACUGGAAGCGUAGGUAUGAUGUGGGCAUCAGUGCUGCCAUCUGGGUCAUCGUGGGGACUGCCUGUUUGCCACUUCCCAUCCUGAGGAGUGCGAACUUAGCCAAGAACACCAAAUUCUGCUUUGCUGAUUUAGGGAUUCACAACAUUAGCAUGGCUUCUUCCAUUGGUAUGGUAACUGCAGCUGAACUUGGAGGGUUUGUAUUGCCUGUUAUAAUUAUAACUUAUUGCACCUGGAAAACAAGAAAAUCUUUACAGGAAUUCCAAGUUCCCCCUCAGAAUACAAAAGAAAGGAAAAAAGCUUUGAGGAUGGUCCUGAUGUGUGCAGUGGUGUUCAUUGUGUGUUUCACUCCUUACCAUCUCAACUUCCCAUUCUUUAUGAUGGUGAAGCAACAUGUUUUUUCAAAUUGUUCCUUCAUUAAGAGCACUCUAUGUUUCCACAUCAUUUCCCUGUGUCUUGCAAAUCUGAAUUGUUGUCUUGAUCCAGUCGUAUAUUAUUUUAUGACUUCAGAAUUUCGUGAUCAAUUUUCAGAACAUGGAGGCUCGGUUCUUCAAUCAUGUGUGAGAUGCAAGGACAAUGCUUUGGAAAUUCGUCAAAGGGAGGAGGAUCUUCAAACUAUCUCACUUGAAUGUUUGGAUGAUUCCAAGACAAUGUAGUCAAACAAUCAGUUAGGGUCACCUAUAUGCUCUAGCAAUUUAAGUAUAUCACUGUGAAGAUUUUUCUUAAAAAUGGUGUUUGAGUGUCUUCAUGAAACAUGGCACCCUUACCUACAUCCUCAAAAUGAUCCUUCUGAAGGAAUUAUUCUUGCCUAUAUUAUCUGUCUAAAUGAAAACAUUUUGUUCUAUGGA